UGCAACACCAUAUCUUGCACUAGCUUCUCCUGCCUCUCUGCAGUCUGCAGCCUGCAGCCUGCACAGCCAUUGUCCUCCAGAGACACCACUCACCUUCUCUUCCUUAGCUUGGAACAGAGGCCAUGGAAACACUGGUCUGUGUAGCUCUGUGGUCUGUGACCUUGGCAAUGGUCAUGGCUUCCGUCAUGUGGGCUUACAGAUGGAGCCACCCGAAAGUGAACGGCCGGCUGCCGCCGGGCUCCCUCGGCCUCCCUCUUCUCGGCGAGACCAUGCAAUUCUUCGCGCCGAACCCUACCUGUGACGUCUCCCCCUUUGUGAAGGAGAGGAUUAAUAUGUACGGUGCCAUCUUCAAGACGAGCAUCGUCGGCCGGACGGUGGUGGUGUCGGCGGACCCGGACCUGAACUACCACGUGUUCCAGCAGGAGGGGAAGCUGUUCGAGAGCUGGUACCCGGACACCUUCACCGAGAUCUUCGGCCGUGACAACGUCGGCUCCCUGCACGGCUUCAUGUACAAGUACCUCAAGACUCUCGUGCUUCGGCUCUACGGCCAGGAGAACCUCAGGGCGGUGCUCCUCGCCGAGACGGACCGCUCGUGCCGUGCUAGCCUCGCCUCGUGGGCGAGCCGCCCGAGCGUCGAGCUCAAGGACGCCAUCUCCACCUGGAUAUUUGAUCUUACCGCGAAGAAGCUGAUCAGCUACGAGCCAUCAAAGUCGUCUGAGAGUCUGAGGAAGAACUUCGUGGCCUUCAUUCGCGGCCUCAUCUCCUUCCCGGUGGACAUUCCCGGCACUGCCUACCAUGAGUGCAUGCAGGGGAGGAAGAACGCGAUGAAGGUGUUGAAGAAGAUGAUGAGGGAGAGGAUGGCGGACCCGGGGAGGCAGAGCGAGGACUUCUUCGACGUCCUGAUCGAGGAGCUGAGUCGGGAGAAGCCCGUCAUGACGGAGGCGGUCGCCCUCGACCUCAUGUUCGUGCUCCUCUUCGCCAGCUUCGAGACGACGGCCUUGGCACUCACGCUGGGCAUCAAGCUCCUGGCCGAGAACCCCAGGGUGCUCCAUGCGUUAACGGAGGAGCAUGAGGCGAUUGUCAGGAACAGGGAGGACCGUGAUGCCGGACUCACGUGGGCCGAGUACAAGUCCAUGACCUUCACGUCUCAGGUCACAUUGGAGAUAGUACGAUUGGCAAACAUAGUGCCAGGGAUUUUUCGGAAGGCCUUGCAGGACAUUGAGUUCAAAGGCUACACCAUUCCGGCAGGGUGGGGAGUUAUGGUGUGUCCUCCAGCAGUGCACUUAAACCCCGAGAUCUACGAAGAUCCAUUAGCGUUUAAUCCGUGGAGGUGGCAGGACAAGGUGGAAAUCACCGGUGGGACGAAGCAUUUCAUGGCCUUCGGUGGGGGUCUCCGGUUCUGCGUGGGCACCGAUCUCAGCAAGGUCCUGAUGGCAACCUUCAUCCACUGCCUGGUUACAAAAUACAGUUGGAGGACAGUUAAAGGAGGGAACAUAGUCCGUACCCCCGGCCUCAGUUUCCCUGAUGGCUUUCAUGCUCAGCUCUUCCCUAAGAACUGACGUCUUGCUAGCUCUUCAUCUGCCCUGAAUGCUGCGUGUUCUGUCAGGUUAAUUAAUGUGGUCGUUUGCAGCCAAACAUAUACAAGAAAUAAGUGGAAAAAUAUGGCAUAUUUAGGUGAUGAAAGCAGUCUUAUACUUGAGGUCGUUGUAGGCCACCUCUUUGUUAGUGUAAUUUUGUCAUGGGACCAAAGUAUUUAGGUCUCUGAUCCAAACGAGAGGUGUUUGUGCUUUGGGUUCUGUCGUCUGUUUCCCGUGUGGUUAGUGGUCUAUACGGUCUACCCAUAUGGUGUGGCAUGUGUUCAUCUGUUAUGUACACGCUCUUAGCGUUUGCCUAUGUAGUUGUCAUGCAUGAUCUUUUGGCAUGCAUGCAUUGUUUCAACGGUUCUGCUAUACAGGACGAAG